UACUGCCUCAAUUUCCACAACCUCGUUUUAUAAACGAACUCGUAAGUGGGAAGAAAUGGGUGAAAAGUUGUGUGUGUGUGUGUGUGUGUGUGUGUCGGAUAGUAAAAGUUCAGUCACUUCAGUGUUUACAAGAUGUUCCACUGUAGCGAGGAGGGAGGAGGUGACAAGGGGGCGACAAAGGGGAAGAAAAGUGAGAAGGGGGUGAGAGGAGAGAGCUGAGCUUCAUCAGUUUGACUUCUUCACUUCAGUCUCGAUGAGGACGAGCACACUCUUCUUCUUCUUCUUCUUCUCUCGUUUACAUUGACGUGAAGACUUUGGAAGGAUUUAAUUGAAGUAAAAACCACAGAAGAAGACGGAAUCACAAACAGCCCCGGAACACCGAAUCAAUCAGAGAACCCCGGAACACCUUCUACACCACAAUCCACCUGGAGAACUUCUAGAUCCUCUUGAACCUGCAGCCGUGGAGUUUAAGAAGAGGUUCUGAAAUCUGGAACUGGAUCCGGAAUACGUUCUAGAUACAAGAGCAGGUUCCAAAGUUUGCUCUAGAGUUCCACUGAAUGGGUUCAGGAGGCUCCGGGACCGUUUCUGUAAUAGGUUCCAGAAUGGGACCCCGGUCGGGUUCCAGGGUUCCCUCCAUGUUCACCGCGCUGCUGGUCGCCUGGUGUUUGGCGUUUGUCGUACCGGUCGGAUGCCGCAGUAACUUCUCAUCCGAGCCGUCAGACCCGUCGCCCCUGCUUGACCUCCUCGGCACCGACCCGCCUCUGGGGCCCGACCAUCGCGCCCCGGCCUCCGACGGGGAGCCACAUCUGGUGCAGGAGACCGCGAUCAAGCCGCCGUCCUCUCUGGAGAAAGUGAAGUCGAAGCACGUGAACAAGCCGAACCACAAACACGAGAGGAAGCCUCCGUCUCACUCGUCGUCGUCCAACUCGACCCUGAUGGUUCGUGGUCGCCCGCCGUCGCCCCCGAGAUGCCUGCACAACACCUUCAUAAAAUCCGCCUUCAAGUACAUCAACACGGUGCUGUCCUGCCUCAUAUUUGCCGUGGGGAUCAUCGGAAACGCCACGAUGCUGAGGAUUAUCUGCCAAAAUAAAAGCAUGAGGAAUGGACCCAACGCUCUGAUAGCCAGUCUGGCUCUGGGAGACCUGAUAUACAUCGCCAUCGACAUACCGAUCAACGUCUACAAGCUCCUGGCGAUGCGGUGGCCGUUUGCCGACAGUGUGUUCGGUCUGUUCCUCUGUAAGCUGUUUCCCUUCCUGCAGAAAGCUUCAGUCGGCAUCACCGUCCUCAACCUGUGUGCUCUGAGUGUGGACAGGUAUCGUGCGGUGGCGUCCUGGUCUCGGGUGCAGGGCACCGGUGUUCCGACGGUGACGGCGGUGGAGAUCGUGGCGAUCUGGCUGCUGUCCGCGGUGCUGGCGGUGCCGGAGGCCGUCGGGUUCGACAUGGUCACCUUCGAGUACCGGAACGUUACCAUGAAGACCUGCAUGCUGCAGCCCAAGACACCCUUCAUGACCUUCUACCGGGAUGCAAAGGACUGGUGGCUGUUCGCCUUCUACUUCUGCGUGCCUCUGGUCUGCUCCGCUGUCUUCUACGGCCUGAUGACCUGCGAGAUGCUCCGACACCAGAAGGGAAGCCUGAGGAUCGCUCUGAGUGAACACCUGAAGCAGCGUCGAGAAGUAGCUAAAGCCGUGUUCUGCCUGGUGCUGAUCUUCGCUCUGUGCUGGUUUCCACUUCAUCUGAGUCGCCUGCUGAAGAGGAACGCCUACAAAUCCCAUGAUGCACACCGCUGCCAACUGUUAAAUUUCCUGUUGGUGCUCGACUACCUCAGCAUCAACAUGGCGACCAUCAACUCCUGCAUCAAUCCCAUAAUCCUCUUCUUUGUCUCCAAGAAGUUCAAAAACUGCUUCAAGUCCUGUCUGUGCUGUUGGUGUUAUUCUGGCUCUCUCCCCAACAGCAUGCAGCCUCUCCACCACGGGACGAGCCUGCAGUACAAACACACUGACCACUGAGAGAGACCUCUGUGUCCAUACGCUCACUUUUUAGCUUUUCAUUGUGUCUUCAUUCAGCUCUGAAUACUGUAUUAUACUACAGACGAGUUAUUGUAUGGUGAUAUAUUACAUAGACUAUAUGGUGGACAGCAUACUGUCGUGUACUUUUGGUCUGGGGUUGAUUUUCUUCCACUUUAGUUCUUUAAACUUUAUUAUGUUUAUUUAUUUAUUAAGACAACAUGUUAGCCUGUAACAACAACAAUAAUAGCACGGUGAGUCAUGUGUUUAGUAGUUUAAAGACAUGUUCUUGACCCAGUUUGGUGUGGAAGAUCAAAUGAUCUAACGAUCACAUAUUGUUGUAAUGUUUGGGUGUCCAUAUUGUGCAUCUAUUAUUAUGUUUUAUAUGUAACGUAUUCAUUGUAACUCUGCCUGUAAAGAGAUUAAACCAGUCUGGAGUUUAGGAACAGAUCUAGCGCCCUCUGGAGGCUGAACAGUUCAUUACAUCCCACAAACUGUUGAAGAUAUAAGAAUAUAUUUGGUAACGUUGAGAUAAAGGAGUUUAAAUCUGGUCAGAAGUUGUCCAGACAUGUUUUUAUUUAAGUGGAAGGAACUAAUGCUCUGACAUCACCGACUAUUUAUGAGUUUUGUGUCUUAUUAUCGAGUUAAAAACAUUUCAAUUACAUAUUUGUAUUUAUCAAUAAAUCUAUAUUCUCAAAGCUCUUA